AUGAGCUCAUCACAACCUUCGCCCCGGUGGGCCGCCUUUGCGCGGGACACCAACGAGACCAAGAUCCAGAUCGCCCUCAACCUCGACGGCGGCGCAUUCCCGCCAGACACGGACGCCCGUUUGCAAGUAAGCGGCUCCGAUAGCCAUGCCGCCCAGUCAAGCAAGUCGCAGACAAUCAGCGUCAACACGGGCAUCGGCUUCCUCGACCACAUGCUGCACGCCCUGGCCAAGCAUGCAGGCUGGAGUCUGGCGCUGGCCUGCAAGGGCGAUCUGCAUAUCGACGACCACCACACAGCCGAAGACGUGUGCAUCUCGCUCGGGUACGCAUUCGCGCAGGCGCUGGGCACGCCCACGGGGCUGGCGCGGUUCGGGUACGCGUACGCGCCUCUAGACGAAGCACUGAGCCGGGCGGUGGUCGACCUGUCGAACCGGCCGUUCUGCGUGGCGGACCUGGGGCUCAAGCGCGAGAAGAUCGGCGACCUCAGCACCGAGAUGAUCCCGCACUGCCUGCAGAGCUUUGCCGGCGCCGCCCGCAUCACCCUGCACGUCGACUGCUUGCGCGGCGACAACGACCACCACCGCGCCGAGAGCGCCUUUAAGGCGCUGGCCGUGGCUGUUCGCCAGGCGACGAGCCGCGUUGCGGGGCGGGAGGGGGAGGUGCCGAAGUAA